GAUAACCCCAAAAUUCAGUGAAAUGUUGCAAAAAGACCCCACAAACUUUCCGUCUUCUUCUUUCCCUUUCUGACCUUCCACUUCUUUCAUUUCCAUGGCAGAAUUCCCAAGAGUGAAGAACCAUAACGAGACAUACACGGAGAAAAUCUCAAGCUUAGAAUGGAGCAAAGCAAGGAAGACGAUGAUCGAAGAACAAGCAAAUGCCGAAUUACAAUCUCUCCAACUUCUCUACCCCAAUCGUUUCGAAUACCUAAAGCUCGAACUCAAAUCCUUCAUCCAUCUCCUUCAAUCCCAACCCGAACAUCCUUUUCCUCAGCCAAACACUAACUUAACCUCCAACCGCUCGCCGUCGCCGUCCUCUUUCGGUCCUGAUACACAAGAGUCGAGUAGUUGUAGGAAGAGGAGGAAGGUGGCGGAAGGAAGAAACAAUGGAAGGAAUGGAUUACAGAAAGAGGUUGCUGAAUAUGAAUAUGAAUCUGAAACGAAGAUGGGACGGGGGAAGGAUAGAGUGGAUGUAGUUCUGGAAAGAGCGGCCGUUUGUCUUUGCAAGAUUCGACGGUUCAAAAUGGCGCUGUUUUCCUCCGCGGGUUGAAGGCGGUGCUCCGUCGUCUUGACGCCUCAAAGGUGCCGAUCCGAUCUUUCUCUUUCUCAUGCAAUGACAUUGCCUCUCACGUGUGAGAACGUUGAAAUUUGGUGGGGAAUGAACUUCAAAAUUUCGUGGGGGACGGGUGAAUGUUCUAUUUUGGUCCGAUUUUGCAGUUGAUGAAAAAGAAAAUAAAAAAUAUCACUUUUGCAUCUAUUUUACCUCCUCCCAUUUUAGUCUUUAAAUUUUUGCAAAUUAAUUACUUAGGGGUGGUUUGGCAGUAUCAAGUAUCAAGAAGUGGAGUGCCUUGUUCUCCUAUUUUUCACCCCUGUUUGUUAUUCUCACUCUAAUGUAUGUAACUAUUUCUCACUUCUCUAUUUCA